CUGCCUAAUUUUCUUUUCCUUUUUUCCUUAGAAAAUCAUUAACAAAAUGGCUAAUCGUCUCCAGCAAGUUACCAACCACCUUUUGCCUUCCAGCUAUACGGCCAACAAAAUUGGUUACAAGUCACCCGAAGAUGUAGUGAUUGUCUCUGCGCUUCGUACACCUUUGACCCGUGCUCGUAAAGGUCCUUUGAAGGAUACUUUGCCCGAGGAAAUGCUGUCCCAUGUGUUUAAAGCAAUUAUCAAGCAAACAGGUAUCAACCCUGAAAUUGUAGAGGAUAUCACAGUUGGUAACGUUUUGGCUCAAGGUGGCGGUGCCACUAAUGCUCGUAUGGCCGCACUCCAUGCUGGUUUCCCCGAAUCCACUGCUGUAAGUACUCUGAACAGACAAUGUUCCUCUGGUCUUCAAGCCAUUGUUCAGAUCGCAACUGCUAUCCAAACCGGUAUUUUAGAAGUAGGUAUUGGUGCCGGUGUAGAGUCAAUGACCUUGAAUUAUGGUGCUUCUUCUUUAGCUCCUACAUCUGAAAGAAUUGCUGAUUCCUGUGAAUCAGCUGCCGAUUGUCUUAUUCCUAUGGGUCUUACCUCAGAGAACGUUGCCUCGGAUUUCAAAGUGUCCCGUGAGAAGCAAGACGCUUUUGCUGCUGAAUCUCAUCGUAAAGCAGUGGUUGCUCAAGAGAGUGGUUGGUUUAAGGACGAGAUUGUUCCUAUUGAGGCUAUUGUGAUUGAUGCCGAAGGUAAUGAAUCUACCGUGUUAGCAGAACGUGAUGAUGGUGUACGUCCUGGUACAACAGCCGAAAAGUUAGGAAAGUUGCGUCCUGCAUUUGACGAUGAAGGUACCACCACUGCAGGUAAUGCAUCCCAAGUAUCUGACGGAGCAGCAGCAGUUCUUUUGAUGAAACGCAAGACUGCCCAAAAAUUAAAUCUUCCCAUUCUUGGUAAAUAUAUCACUUCCGCUGUUGUUGGUGUUCCUCCUCGUAUUAUGGGUGUGGGACCUGCCUAUGCUAUUCCUAUCGCUGUAGCAAGAGCUGGUAUUCAAAUUUCAGAUGUUGAUAUUUUUGAAAUCAAUGAAGCGUUUGCAUCUCAAGCUGUUUACUCCAUCGAAAAGUUAAAUAUCCCUAUCGAAAAGGUAAACCCCAAGGGCGGUGCUAUUGCAUUUGGACAUCCUUUAGGUUGUACAGGAGCACGUCAACUCGCUACAUUGUUCCCAGAGUUAAAGCGUCAAAACAAGAAGGUUGGCGUGACGAGUAUGUGUAUUGGAUCAGGUAUGGGUAUGGCUGCUGUGUUUGAAAGCGAAUAAAUUUUAUUUUUUGUUUAUUUUUUUAAAUGCGGAGGAUACUCCUUAAAAGGAAGGGGUUUAAUAUGUAUAAAAUGAGACUUUUGUUGUUGUUGUUGUUGUGUACAUUAAAUGGGAAAUACAAAUAAAAUGAUGUAGCUAUACUAUAUUCUUUCAAAUCUUUUUCUUUUUAAAGAAGCAUAACGUUUUUUUAAGCCAAAUACUAAUUGAUCUUCUUCAUCCGAGUAGCAUUGAAAACUAGUAGCAUCAUCAUUUAUA